AUGGACAAUCAAUUUUUCAUGCCGCCCUCUCCUUAUGGAUUUCAUCCUCCAAAUGCAGCCACAUUCCCUUUAGACGAAUCAAGAAAGGUCGGCAGCGACAAGGAUCCUGCAAUGUCUUCUGUACCAGAGUCUUUGUUUCCGCCACAUUCAUCGCCUUUUGGGCUAGAAAACAUUACCAUCGAUAAGGAUACAGAGACAGAUUAUGACGAUGAUGCGAAGAAGAAGAAGAUAACUUGGUCACUAGAAGAGGACAAGGUGCUUGCAAGGUCAUGGAUCUCUGUAAGCACCGAUCCAAUGAUUGGCAAUGCAUUGAAGGAGGAAGCUUUCUGGAAACGUAUCACAGAGGAGAACAACGGACAUCGGCCUGCUAGUACUGUGGAGAGACAAUUGAAGCAGGUAAGGACAUCUGAAUCAAGAGCAUACACAUCAUCUUCUAAUCCAAGUACGAGUAUUGAUGUGGAAGACUACGAAGUCCACACUCGUCCAAAUGGCCAAAAGGAAUCUAAGAGGAAGGGUAAAACCAAAUCUACAAUAUUCGAAGAUCUUAAAGAAAAGAUGGAGAAAACAUUGGAAAAAUUUACAGAGUACAAUCAACGAAAGUUAGAGACUUUGGAUACUGCUAAUGAAAAUAAGAAAUCGGAAGCCUUCCAACGUGAGUAUAAAAUUCUUAUGAAAGAUAUCGUAGGAAUGACGGAGGAGCAGCUUCGUAUACAUAGUCAUGCUUGUCAAAUGAUUAAAAAGAAAUGGGGUAUGGUGUAG